AUGGCUAGGCCUAAAACAUUUUUUGAUAUUUCUAUCGGAGGCAAGCCUCAAGGCCGUUUAGUUUUUGAGUUGUACAAUGACAUAGUGCCUCAAACGGCUGAAAAUUUUUUGAAGCUGUGCGAAGGAAAUGCUGGAAUGGCAAAGACCAAAUCUGAUAUACCAUUAUCAUACAAGGGUUCCAUUUUCCAUAGAGUUAUCAAAGACUUUAUGUGUCAAUUUGGUGAUUUCACUAAUUUUAAUGGUACUGGUGGUGAAAGCAUAUACGGUGAAAAAUUUGAGGAUGAAAAUUUUACUGUUAAGCAUGAUAAACCAUUCCUUCUAUCCAUGGCUAACGCUGGUCCAAAUACAAACGGCUCCCAAGCUUUCAUAACCUGUGUUCCUACACCUCAUUUGGACGGGAAGCACGUUGUGUUUGGUGAAGUCAUUCAAGGUAAAAGAAUUGUUCGCUUGAUUGAAAAUCAACAAUGUGACCAAGAAAACAACAAGCCAUUGCGUGAUGUAAAGAUUGACAAUUGUGGCGUGUUGCCUGACGAUUAUCAAGUACCAGAGGAUGCGGAAGCCACACCAACAGAUGAGUACGGUGAUAAUUACGAAGAUAUUUUGAAACAAGACGAAAAAGUUGACCUGAAGAAUUUCGACACUGUCUUGAAAGCUAUCGAAACAGUAAAGAACAUUGGUACCGAACAGUUCAAGAAACAAAACUAUUCGGUAGCUUUAGAGAAAUAUAUCAAAUGUGAUAAAUUCUUGAAAGAGUAUUUCCCAGAAGAUUUGGAGAAGGAACAAAUUGAAAAAAUCAAUCAACUGAAAGUAUCCAUUCCAUUGAAUAUUGCCAUCUGCGCCCUUAAGUUGAAAGAUUACAAGCAAGUAUUAGUAGCAGCAUCAGAGGUGCUAUAUGCCGAAGCCGCUGACGAAAAAGCUAAAGCCAAAGCUUUAUACCGUCGUGGCCUGGCCUAUUACCAUGUUAAUGACACAGAUAUGGCCCUCAAUGACCUCGAAAUGGCUACCACUUUCCAACCAAACGACGCCGCCAUCUUGAAAGCCAUUCAAGACACUAAAUUAAAAACGAAGCAACAAAAUGAAAAGGCCAAGAAGUCUCUUUCAAAGAUGUUCUCCUGA